ACCUAUUGCAAAUGCUAGUCAAAGAUCCUGUGUAAAACAGGAGUACGCUUAGCAUUUGCAGUAGGUUCUUAAAAACGGCAGUCAAAGAUCCUAUAUAUAACAGGGAACCUACUGCAAAUGCUAGUCAAAGAUCCUAUAUAAAACGGGAGUACUCUGCAGUUUUUAUGAACCUACUGCUAAAGCUAGUCAAAGAUCCUAUAUAUAACGGGAAACCUAUUGCAAAUGCUAGUCAAAGAUUCUAUAUAUAACAGGAGCACUGCUGUUUUUAAGAACCUAUUGCAAAUGCUAGUCAAAGAUCCUAUAUAAAACGGGAGUACUCUGCAGUUUUUAAGAACCUACUGCAAAUGCUAGUCAAAGAUCCUACAUAUAAAACAGGAGUACUCUGCAGUUUUUAUGAACCUACUGCAAAUGCUAGUCAAAGAUCCUAUAUAAAACGGAAAGCCUAUUGCAAAUGCUAGUCAAAGAUUCUAUAUAUAACAGGAGCACUGCUGUUUUUAAGAACCUAUUGCAAAUGCUAGUCAAAGAUCCUACAUAUAAAACAGGAGUACUCUGCAGUUUUUAUGAACCUACUGCAAAUGCUAGUCAAAGAUCCUAUAUAUAACAGGAGCACUGCUGUUUUUAAGAAUCUAUUGCAAAUGCUAGUCAAAGAUCCUAUAUAAAACGGGAGUACUCUGCAGUUUUUAAGAACCUACUGCAAAUGCUAGUCAAAGAUCCUAUAUAUAACAGGGAACCUAUUGCAAAUGCUAGUCAAAGAUCCUAUAUAUAACGGGAAACCUAUUGCAAAUGCUAGUCAAAGAUCCUAUAUAUGAAAGGACAAGCACUCUGCUGUUUUUAAGAACCUACUCCAAACAUCCUAGUCAAAGAUCCUCUAUAUAACAAGGUUAUUGGAUCUAUUGGUAUAGAUACUGUAUGCAUCUAUAGAUCAUUUCUAAAAGCGUAAUGUGAAAACUGCAGCCCAAGAUCCUCUAUAUUCAGGAAGGAGGGCACGGCUGUUUUAAUGAAUCUAAAGCCAAAAGAUCCUGUCAAAGAUCCUGUGCAUGACAGGAGGGCUCUGCUGUAGUAAGAAGGGCUGACCUUCACUGACGGUGAAGUGGGACCUGGUGCUCCCUGCUGAUGCGGGCCAUCUUUGUGACAGUGCAGGACGUGGGCUUGAGGUCAUGGAUGUCCUGUUGAAGUGAUGAUCUUCUUGGCCCACACGGCCCACUGGCAGUUCCUGGGCCUGCUGGUGGGCUGCCUGGCGUGGAUCCUCACCUUGGCGACGGCCGGCAUCAACGAGUGGCGCCUGUGGCACGUGGACGACCUGUCGGUGGUCACUUCGGGCGUGGCCUGGGUGGGCAUCUGGAGGGCGUGCUUCAACAGUCACGUCCUGGCCCGGGCGGAGAGCUGCCAGAGUGUGGGCUUCUCCGAGGCCUUCGUCCCGGCCGAGGUGAAGGCGGCGCAGGUGAUGAUGGUGCUGGCCAUGGUGUGCGGCCUGGCGGCGAACGUGGGUGGCGGCCUGGCGCUCAGGCUGGUCUACUUCUCGCUGGAGGAGCGCAGGAAGGUGCGCCUGCUCUUCUUGCUUGCGGGGAGCCUCUACGUGCUGACGGGGGCCUUGACCUCCGUGCCCGUGGUCUGGAACAUGACCUCGGUCCUGAACAACGCCACCAUCCCCUUCCCCCCACGCUUCCACCUCCCCGCUGCCCCCGCCAGUCAGCGAGUGGGCGUGGCCAUCGGAGUGGGGCUCUUUGCCUCUAUCUUGAUGCUCAUCAGCGGGAUGCUGUUUCUCUGCUACCGACACGUGUGGCGGACCCUCACCCCCCCCGGACACCCACUAUCCCGUCCCUGGACGUCGAGUGGACAUGCAGAAGGUUCCGGAAGAGCAAAGGAGGAUAUCCGAGGCCGGCACAAUCCGUCUUUCCACGCUGAUCACGUGUCCUGAUGGCUUUGGGGCGGAUCCUCACAAACUUUACGCAGAACUUGGGACAAGAUCUCCUGAAAAGAACAUGUGAUUCAGUUAAUUUCUCUUUAAUUAACUUUCCACAUAAACUAAUCCUUUCUUGAAUCAAGUCCUCCCAAGGCUCACCGUUGCCUCCUGAGGCAGAAAGCGGUAGUGCAGUGAGCCACGCCUCUACUGGCUGCUUUCCUUCUCUUGCAAAUCCCAGCUUCAUCUAAUCAUUCCCAUUUUUCAAUCCCAUUGGCUUGUAUGAAA